AUGCAAAUGCUUUUAGAAACUAAAGCGUCUCAGACCAAUAAACAAAAUCCUAAAUCCUAUCCUAUGCGCGACGGACGCCCUGUACAUAAUUUAAAUAAACAACCGGCUCCCAUAUGUCGAUACUGUAAGUUCCCGGGACACGUAUUUGAAAAUUGUAGAAAACGCGAAUAUAAUAAUAAUCGCAAUCGUAGUAACUUCAACCGUGCUAGCGACGCCAAUAACAGCAACAACAACUUCCAACGCCCCGCUACAAGUCGUACAAUGAAAUUUCCUCACCAGAACAGGGUUCAUCACCUGGCAGAUGAUAAACGCGGACAAGACGAGACGGAUGAUCAUUUAAACGAAUAA